AUGAGUAGUAAUAAGGGUGUCGUAAAGCAGCGACAGAAACGCAAGUCAUUGGCUGAGGACUAUGGAGGUUCCGUAGGUGAAGAUCUAUUAGAAUAUAUGGAAAAUGACGAGACUCCUGGUGGUGUCCAGCAGUCCAAAGACAGCGUUGGUGCCUCUAGUAACUUAUCGCGUCGUAUUCAGAAUCGUCUACAGAAACUCAAUGAGGUAGCACAGUCUUCAGGCAAAGACGGUGAUUCCUCUGGUUAUUAUGAUUUUUCAACGCUUGAUAUGAAGCCAGAUCAUGAAGUGCGACCUGUAUGGGUCUGCCCUAAUGGUCGCAUCUUUCUUGAAGCCUUUUCGCCCAUUUAUAAACAGGCUUACGACUUCCUCGUGGCUAUUUCAGAGCCAGUGUCUCGCCCAGAGUUUGUACACGAGUAUAAACUUACUCCAUACUCUCUUUAUGCCGCUGUGUCAGUGGCCAUUGAAACUGAAAGUAUCCUCAAAGUGCUCGAGAGACUGUCCAAGAAUCGGCUUCCACAAGGCAUUGUAGCCUUUAUUAAAGACUGCACACUCAGUUACGGCAAGGCCAAGCUCGUGCUGCAUCAUAACGAAUUUUACGUCGAGAGUUUAUACCCCGAGGUACUGCGCAAAUUACUUGAACACGAACACAUUCGAGCUGCACGUGUUAAGGAGACAGCAGAUUCUAUUGCAGCAAAUGCAUCCUCAGCUGCGGCGCCAUCGGUGGCACCUGGAGAGGCACGAGCACAAGAUGUGAGUGAGUUUAUUCAAAAAGAUGUGUCGGCUGAGGACCAAGCCAAUUUGCAGUACCAGAAGCUACUGAAUGAGGACUACAAUGUGGCGGAUGAGAACCAUCCUGGAAAGUCAUCAGGUGAUCAGCAAAGGACGGUACGCACGGUAUCGUUCAAGAUCAGGAAGACGAUGGUAGAGCAAGUGAAGCGCGCGUGUCUGGAUCUAGACUAUCCGCUCAUGGAGGAAUACGAUUUUCGUAACGACAAGACCAUCCCAGACUUGGAAAUGGAUUUGAAGCCCACAACGCGCAUUCGUGAGUACCAGGAAAAGUCACUAAGCAAGAUGUUUGGUAACGGACGUGCACGAUCGGGUAUCAUUGUUCUGCCAUGUGGUGCAGGCAAGACGCUUACUGGCGUGACAGCUGCUUCCACCAUUAAGAAGUCGUGCCUUUGCCUUUGUACGUCGGCUGUGUCUGUAGAGCAGUGGACUGCACAGUUCAAGAUGUGGACAAACAUUCCGGAAAAGAAGAUUGCACGUUUUACCUCAGUUGCAAAGGACUACAUUGACCCCAACUCUGGAGUGAUCGUGACCACCUACACUAUGGUUGCUUUCGGUGGACGUCGCGCUCGUGCAUCAGAGGAAGUCAUGCAGCUAAUUCAAGGCCGUGAGUGGGGCUGUAUCUUGCUGGAUGAGGUGCACGUUGUGCCUGCAAAAAUGUUUCGCAAGGUCAUCGGCUCUAUUGCGUGCCAUUGUAAACUUGGUUUAACGGCCACUCUUGUGCGCGAGGACGAUUUGAUCGGUGAUCUGAAUUUCCUUAUUGGCCCGAAGUUGUAUGAAGCUAAUUGGAUGGAUUUAACGCAAAGCGGGUUUCUAGCGAAUGUAUCGUGUGUGGAGGUGUGGUGUCCCAUGGCUGGAGAAUUCUACCGGGAAUAUCUGCGAGAAAACAAGAGCGCACGCAAGCGCGCACUACUGUACGUGGCCAACCCGAACAAGUUUACAGCCGCCGAGUUCCUUAUUCAGUACCACGAAGAGCGUGGCGAUAAGAUUUUGCUAUUUUCAGACGAUGUGUUUGCUCUGCGCCUGUACGCGACGAAGCUCAAUAAAGGUUACAUUUACGGUGGAACUGGAGAGCGUGAGCGCAUGCGUCUGCUGCAAUCCUUCCGAAGCUCUCCUCUCGUCAACGUCAUCUGCAUCUCAAAGGUCGGUGAUACGUCUAUCGAUCUGCCCGAGGCAAAUGUGAUUAUUCAAGUGUCAUCGCAUUUUGGUUCACGACGACAAGAAGCUCAACGUUUGGGACGUAUUCUACGCCCCAAGGCCAAUGCGACGGGUGGAUUUAACGCCUUCUUCUACACACUUAUUUCUACGGACACACACGAAAUGUUCUACUCGAACAAACGCCAGCAGUAUCUUGUGGAUCAGGGCUAUACGUUCAAGGUAGUGACUGACCUCUUUGAGCCGGGGUCGUUUGAGGGGGUGUUUACGCGGAAAGAGGACCAGCGGGCGCUAUUAAACGAGGUGCUUAGUGCUGAUGUCGAGAGCGCCGCCAAGGACGAAAAUGCCGCAAUCCGCGAUGACGAGGAUCUUUCGCGUCUGGAACUUUCAGGUCAUGGGCGUAAGAAGAAGAAAUUGGCUUCACUUGGGGCUCUUUCUGGUGCCGAUGGUUUCAAGUAUAUGGAAUACUCGGCUGGUCAUGGUGCCAAGCAGCGCCACAAUCUCUUUCGUGAUCGGUACCGUUAA